GAAAUCAAUGGCUCAGGCAGUAUGCCAGUGACUGAUGUACCGACCUAUACGGCAAAUAUAACCAGGCUUACGACUACUUCGUUUUAUCCACCGUUCGAUGUGAAUAUUCACGAAAUAGAGCGGAGGCCUGAGGAAGAUGUGGCGAUCGAGGAGGUACCCACAAGGACAACAGUGCAGUCCUGGACAACGACGUCCAUAAGGCCGCCACCAACGUCGUUGACCACUGAGGAGCCCGCACCGCCAACAGUAUUUGAAGAGAAGCGCAACAUUCCAUUUGAUGUUCUGCUCAAGCCCGGUGUUCUAGCUGGUAAGUGA